UAUGAUUGGAUCGAGAAAAAUAUGUAACCGAACCGAACCGAAUACGGAAAACGUGUUCUUUCAAUAUAAGACUGGGUGAGGAAGGCAGAGGAUAAGCUUCAAGAUGCUUUCAACAACCCUGCGGAGCGGUGCCCUCGCUGCAGGACCCACCCUCAGGCGAAGUCUAGCAACACACACGCCCUUUUACGAAAAGGACUGUUCUUCGAUCACCCCACCUUAUGCCCAGCUUAUUGGAAAAUUGGAAUACGUUCGGGAGCUCUUGAACAACCGUCCUUUGACUCUAGCCGAAAAAAUCUUGUACAGUCAUCUUAAUGACCCGGAAAAGAGCCUGUCUGGAGGAGGGAAGAUCAGGGGAGAAAGCUACCUGCAGCUUACUCCUCAGCGAGUCGCAAUGCAGGAUGCUUCCGCCCAAAUGGCUUUGCUUCAGUUCAUGAGUGCCGGUCUCUCUCAAUGUGCCGUUCCAACCAGCAUACACUGUGACCAUCUCAUUCAAGCUAUCGAUGGUGCAGAAUCAGACUUGAAGCGGUCGAUUACUUCCAAUAAAGAAGUGUUCGAUUUCCUUGAAAGUGCUGCUCGCAAGUACGGUAUCGAAUUCUGGAAACCGGGCUCCGGUAUCAUUCACCAGAUCGUACUCGAGAACUACGCUGCUCCAGGAAUACUCAUGCUAGGCACAGAUUCACAUACGCCUAAUGCCGGAGGGCUCGGUCUGCUGGCUAUUGGUGUUGGAGGUGCUGAUGCGGUUGACGCUAUGACUGGAACUCCUUGGGAACUUAAGGCCCCUCAGGUUGUUGGCAUACACUUGACCGGGAAACUCAGUGGAUGGGCAACGCCUAAGGACUUGAUCCUUCACCUCGCUGGAAAAUUAACAGUUCGGGGAGGUACUGGACGCAUUUUGGAGUACUUUGGCCCUGGUGUGGCCAACCAAUCAUGUACAGGUCUCGCUACGGUUGCUAAUAUGGGAGCUGAAGUCGGUGCUACCACCUCUACUUUCCCAUACACUGAGAAUAUGCGCGCGUACUUGAAUGCAACAGGACGUGCGCCAGUCGCUCGUGCUGCUGACCAGGCUGCAUCAAUGGGCUUCCUGAACGCUGAUGAAGGUGCUGAAUAUGACGAAGUUAUUGAAAUAAACUUGUCCGAACUCGAACCAACUAUCAACGGUCCUUUCACUCCUGAUUUGGCAACACCUUUAUCAAAGUUCGGGUCUUUCGUGAAAGAGCAGGGUUGGAAGGACGAGCUUUCCGCCGGCCUCAUUGGUUCGUGCACUAAUAGCUCAUAUGAAGACAUGACGCGAGUAGCAGAUUUGGCCAAACAAGCAAAGGCUGCUGGCUUGGUCACCAAGGUUCCUUUCCUUUGCACUCCCGGUUCUGAACAGAUUCGGGCGACUAUGGAGCGCGACGGCAUUACAAGCACUUUGGAAGAUGUCGGCGCUGUGGUUUUAGCAAAUGCGUGCGGUCCCUGUAUCGGUCAAUGGAAACGAGAUGAUAUGAAGGAUGAAGAAAACGCAAUUUUGACAUCUUUCAAUAGGAACUUCAAGUCUCGCAAUGAUGGAAACCGACUAACUAUGAACUUUCUCGCAUCGCCUACGAUUGUGACGGCCAUGGCAUUUUCUGGCUCACUCUCGUUUAAUCCGAUAACGGAUACCCUGACUCUGCCCUCUGGCAAACCGUUUAGGUUCGCUCCACCCGCCGGACAGGAUUUACCAACAGAGGGUUUCACUCAAGGUAACACCAACUACUACCCUUCUCCCACGCCAGAGCCACAACCAGAAACCGAGAUUAUCAUUUGUGCGGACUCUCAGCGUCUUGAAUUGUUGGAGCCUUUCCCAAGUCAUUUCGGCAACAGGGGUCUGGAACUCCCGCCCUUGAAAGUACUGAUGCGUGUAAGAGGGAAAUGCACCACUGAUCACAUCUCUGCGGCUGGCCCCUGGUUGAAAUACAAAGGACAUCUUACUAACAUUUCUGAAAAUCUUCUUAUCACGGCUGUGAACGAUGAAGGGGGCGACGUGAAUGUUGCAUUCGAUUAUGAUCAGGCCACUGGCGAGACUGAGACCGACACCAUUCCCGCAGUCGCAAAACGGUUCAAAGCUCGCAAUCAGCCUUGGACUCUGGUCGUUGAUGACAAUUAUGGCGAAGGUAGUGCUCGUGAGCAUGCUGCACUCCAGCCUAGAUUCUAUGGGUGUGCAAUGAUCGUUGCAAGGUCUUUUGCUCGAAUUCACGAGACUAACUUGAAGAAACAAGGAGUUCUUCCCCUUUGGUUCGCUGACAAGAACGACUACUCUCGCAUCGGAUCAGGUGACGUACUCCAGACUAUCGGCUUGGCAGACCUUAUCGAGGGACGACAAAAUGCCGAAGUCAAGCUUAAGGUCACCAAGCGUACCGGCGAGGUAUUUGAGAUACUCACAAAACAUACCAUGUCGGAGGAUCAGUUGAAGUGGUUCCGCGCGGGUUCUGCCCUCAAUUUCAUUCGCUCACAGAUGUCAUGAUGAACCGAUUACAUCUACCUGUUACGGUGGUUCAAUCGCACGCAGUCCAACCUCAAUUUGUAGUAUGUCCGUCCAUCAUCUAAACCGGCUGGCGGGAACGGCGAACCAGUGGGGUAUUUGCGAUUUUAGUGAUGCGACACAGUGCACAGGUGCCCUUUAGACUAGAUAGUAUUGUCCGACAUAUGGUAGAUUACCAAUGGAUAUGAAAAUGAACAACAAGAGACC